AUGAGUGGUCGUAUCUGGGCCGUAUUGCUCUUUCUCUGCAUGUGGUUGGAGCUUCGGGCAAGUUGCACUCUUCCGAGGGAAAGGAAGAGUGAGGACCUUUUUAAAACCGUAAGGAAAGAUGAGCAGGCAGAACGUCUAGACUCGGAGGAAGGGCAGAACGAGAUGUCAUUUGUCAACACGGAAGGAACACCAAGUUCGAGAUCGGCACUAGAAAAGGAGGGUAAAUUGACGAUUUUGGCCAAAAGAAACAGGAACAUGAUGAAUUCUGAAACAGAAUUGGAUUCCAUACAAAUAAAAGAGAUUGCGAAGGUUGGGUAUAAAACCGAAGUGACUCCAGUUUCAUUGUCUUACCCUAGUGUGAACACAAAUAGUGCUCCACUUAUUACAAAUUAUCAUCCCAAAGAUAUCUCAGAAUCUGUUAUACAAAACAAAGAGACAACCACAUCACCUCUUAGCCACAACUCUGAAAUAUCUAAAAUAUCUCCAGAUUCUUCUGUCUCCACUGAACUAACUCCUGUUGUGGAGGAAACCAAAUCAAUAGACCAUGGUGAAAAAGGAAUACCACCUGAUAGAUCUACUCUGACCUCAGAAUCUUUGGAUGGCAGAAUAUCACUCGAUGCUAACACCAGGCCAUCAAAUGCCAACAGGUUCCUCUUGAGGCCUAAGUCUGGGUUACAAACCAAUGGACAGGAUGUGCAAACCAUAGGGAUGGGUGACCAGGAGGCAGACAACACUAGUGGAGGAGGAACUGAUUUCCGCCAGGCCUUCACUCGACAAGAAGAGAUACCUUCUCAAUCCCGGAGCCGUAGAAGUUGGAUCUGGAACCAGUUCUUUGUGAUCGAGGAAUAUAGUGGGCCAGAGCCAGUGCUGAUUGGGCGGCUCCAUUCGAGUGUGGACAGGGGUGAUGGCCGAACCAAAUACGUUUUAAAAGGCGAGGGGGCGGGCUCUGUGUUCGUCAUCGACAGCAGAACGGGGAACAUUCAUGUCACCAAGCCCCUCGAUCGGGAGGAGAAGGACCAGUAUCGUCUUAUCGCCACAGCAACAGACAAACAGACGGGCCGAGCCCUGGAGCCUUCCUCCCAGUUCAUCAUUCGUGUGCAAGACAUCAACGAUAACCCACCUGUGUUCCAGAACGGCCCGUACAGCGUCACCGUGCCUGAGAUGGCCAGUAUUGGCACAUCGGUUAUUCAAGUGACAGCCACAGAUGCCGAUGAUCCAACCUAUGGGAACAGUGCCAAACUUGUGUAUUCAGUGAUUGAAGGCCAGCAGUACUUUACAGUGGACCCACAGUCAGGCAUAGUGCGCACAGCAGUACCUGAUAUGGACAGAGAGACUCAAGCGCAGUAUCUGGUAGUGCUUCAGGCCAGAGACAUGGGGGGCCAUCAAGGGGGUCUGACAGGAACCACUACAGUCACCGUACAUCUCAGUGAUGUCAAUGACAACCCACCUCGCUUCACUCAAAGCAUGUGGUCAUUCUCUGUGUCUGAACUGGCUGUUCCCGGCAUGGAGAUUGGUCGUCUCACAUCAACAGAUGCAGAUCUGGGAGAAAACGCUCGGGUGGACUUUACGAUCAUGGACGGAGAGGCAGGGGACACGUUUAACAUAACCAGACUGAACCAAGAGGCUGUGAUUUUGUUAAACAAGGCUGUGGAUUAUGAGAGACACAGUGCAUACUCUCUCACAGUGGAGGUGCAGAAUCCACACGUGGACUCGCGGUUCCUCAGGCGGGGUCCGUUUAAGGACCGCGCGAUGGUGCGCAUCACAGUUCUCAACGCAGACGAGCCUCCUCGGUUCUCUAGGUCUCGGUACCGCCUGGAUGUGUCGGAAAACUGCCCUCCGCCGUGUGUGGUGGGGAGAGUGGCCGCUGUGGACCCGGAUACUGGCCUCAGUAACAAUAUAAAGUACUCAAUUGAUCCUGAGUCAGACCCUGAAGCGCUGUUCCGCAUCGCCUCUGACAACGGCCUCAUUACCACGGUGAUGGAAUUGGAUCGGGAACAGGAUCAAUGGCAUAAUAUCACUGUCAUCGCUACACAGAGAGACAGCCCCAACCAAGUUACCAGGGUAGCGGUUGCCAUAGAGACGCUGGACCUCAACGACAAUGCCCCGGAGCUGGACCGUCAAUACAACACUACCAUGUGUGACUCCAGCACUGCUGGACAGGUGGUGCAGGUAAUCCGGGCGAUAGACAAAGACCAGAGCAGCUACAACUCUCCAAUCCACUUCAGUAUUCUGCCGGAGUCCAGCAGCUCCCUCAACUUCUCCAUCAGAGAGAGAGGAGACCACACGGCGAGUCUGAUGCUCUUGUCGUCCUUGAAGGCUCUUCCUCGCUCUUCUUCUUCAUCUUUACGCACACUUAAAAUACCUGUAAUUCUUCACGAUGGUGCUUCAGACCUCAGCAGCACAGGAACGGUUACUGUUACACUGUGCCCAUGCCAGAAUGGAGGGAUGUGGGCGGAAGAACGAAAACAACAAACUGACGACAAGGAUAAACCUUCACCGCUGGAAUGGGAGAGGCAGGCAUUGUGCUUGUCUUUGCCUUCAAAUUCUCCGCUUUUGGGAGUCAGCUCGGCAGCCAUGUUGGUGAUACUAGCAUGUGCCUCGACUCUUCUGGUGGUGGCGGCACUCUCGCUAUCAUUGCGCAGGCAGAAACGGGACACUCAGUCUCCCAUGGAAGACGAUGAGAUCCGGGAAAACAUCAUCACGUAUGAUGACGAGGGAGGCGGGGAAGCUGACACGGCAGCUUUCGAUAUCGUGACGCUGAAGAGCGCACCCCAGAGCAUGAGGAGGGCACAGCGCCUUCGAGACAGCAAGAAUAUGUAUUCUCAGGACAAUCUAGACAGCAUCAGAACAUUCAGCUGGAGUGAGUGUUUAGGUUUGGAUCCGCAUCGCCCCGUCUCUGCGCCUCUCUACGGACGGUACUGCUACAGCAUCCAGACCCUACCCGCUCCACGAAACAGACUUGCACCGUUCAACUCCAGGCUGGACCUCACCAAACUGGCAUAUGUCCCAGGUAGCCAAGGCCAGCCCGUCGGUCCUUUAGAGUCCGGUUCUGUAUUUAUCUGCAAGAGCAGGGAUGAUUCUGAACACAAAGGAGUUGACGGAUCCACCGAAAGUAUCCCAAAAGAAAGUGAGACAGGAAGUGAGGUCAUCUCGGAGAGUCAUACACUGAGCCAGGAUCAGAGCUGA